AUGAAAACAAUUGAUUUUUCUGUUUAUUAUUGGGGAGGAGAAGAGGCAAAGGCUCGUGAGGAGGAACAAAAUCGUAUCAAGAGAGUUUAUGACUAUGGAGCGAAAUUGCUAAAUUUGAUUAAAAACAGCCUACCAGAGAUUCCGAACGACAAAAUAGAAAACGAGGAAACUCAACAGCAAUAUGUCGAGGAAAUGUUGAAAAAGAAUAAUUUGUGGGAUGGCCAAAUGACACUCUUGCAAAAGGCCUUCCAAUCUGAUGUGCAUCUAGACAAAUUUAUUGAUUUUAUGAUCGAUCUUUGGCCUGAACCAACUGCAUCAAAGCUCAUUUAUUUGUUGAACAUUCUCACCAAUAACGAUUUUGUGAAAACAAAUAUUCGUAGAAGACACAUCAUCAGAAUUUGUAACUUUAUCAUGUAUGAAGAGAGUUUUGAGACUCUCAUGGAUGAAUUGAGAACAUCAAAACGGAAGCUGAGCAGCAAAGAAAAGAAAAAGCAAGGAGCACAGUACCUGUUCGAAAUCAGAUGUAUAGAGUUUUUGUCCACCUUUUGUCAAAAAAAGGGUCAAGAGUUAUACAUGAAAUCUCUGAUCAAGAUAUACAAACAAGUUCUUGAGAAUUGCGAAGAUGAAUAUUUAAAUUCAAUAAUUAUUCUGGACCUCAAAGAAAUGAAAGUGAACUCGAAAUCUGUUUUUGAGAUUGUUGAAGAAGUGUUUGAAAGAGAAAUGGUAUUGGAAGAAAUUUCAGGCUCGUUUUAUGAAUUCUGUAAAGCCACAGGUACAGAAGAAUUGGUAACUAAGCCCUACCUUCUUGGAAAAGACUCAAAAGAGGAAUAUAGAAAGAAGAGAAACCUCGAACAUGAACGAAGACUUCAUAUUUUGAGUAUUAUGCGUAAAGGAACUGAAAUGCCAGUUGGAAAGUAUCCAAAUAUGAAAAACAAAUUUACUAUCAAUCCCGAAAUUUUUACCCCAUCUGACAUGAAACACAAGUUACAAAACUCUCUUCCUAAUAUUGAGCCAAAGAAUCGUUGGCUAUCAUUGGAAAAGUUGCAUGGAGAUAAAUUUGAACAAGUUCAAAAACAAGAGUUGAUACGUUUUGCGACAUUAGUGAAUAGAUUCAGGAUAUUAUCUCUUAGACGUUCACGACCACUAUCCCAACAUCACAGAAUCCAUGACAUUGUACAAAUUAACGAUGUAAAGGAGUAUAUUCAAGAGACUUUGGAUGAACAUUGCGUAAAGGCUGAUUUUGUUGAAUUCAUUCAGCCUGAUAUUCAACCUUUCAUUGAUUACAUUCAGAAUGAUAACAGCUUGCGCAUGGAUGAUGCAUUAUUCUUCUUGGCCCAAUGUAAUACUGAAAAUAUUAUGAUUGUUGAGAAAAUCGCACAUCAAGCUUUUUCAAUGAAACCACUGUAUACCUAUCUUAUUGAUCAAGAUGGCUUUAUUUCGAGAAUUGAACAGCUAUUAUUUGACAAUGUUCUUGGAGUUAGCACAGAAACGGAAGUAGAGAAAGAGAUGAGAUUGCAAGUGGUCCAUGAUUGUAUUUGGCUCAUCCAGGAGAUGUUUUCGGCAAUGACCCGUCACUCAGAAAUUGCUCGAAUCAGGUACAUCCUUAAUGAGACGAAAUUGAUAGAAUCGAUGAUGUAUUGCUGGAUGAUUGGCAGGAAUGAGUUAAUGAUUAGUGAAGGAUUUGCUGAGUGCUUUAAAGUGAUGAUCAAAUGUAAUGAAGCUGUUCCAAUGGCUUUGGUGUUUAAAAAACAAUUCCUAGCACUCAUGAUUGAUAACUUAUCGUUAGCUAAAACCUUGCCUGACAGAGAAGAGAAUAAGUUAGAUUUCAGCACGCUUGCUCGAACUGUAUCCACCUUACUUUAUCAUGUUUCCAUACCAUCUGAAAUCGAUCAUACUACAGGACUAUUCCCAAAAAAGCAAAGAAAAUUGUUAACUGCGAUUGAAGAAUGUAAAAUUUUGUUGGAUCUCUUGGAACUGUUAGAACAAAAGAAGUACUUAAUUGAAGAACUAUUUUCUUGGAAACUUUCACAACAACGACAGUACUAUCAUGACUGGAUACCCUCAUUUGCUACCCUAUUUUCUCAAAUGGUGAGACAACCUUCGUUGAGAGAGUACUUUUAUAAGGACAACUUUAAAUACUCUGAAUUUAUUUUGAAAGAAAUAGUUUUUCCUUUAAGUGACACUUUGAGCGGAUUUGGUGCCAAAAACUUGCCCGAGGCAAACACACCUGUGUGUUAUGCGUUUAUCAAUUAUUUAUCUGUCAUUAACCAUUUAUUAUUUGAUCCAGAGCAGAGAGAGAAAUUUUUCUCAGAUCCGAUGAAUCGAACAUCGAAGAAAGGCCAAAAAUUAGAGCAUAUGUGCUUCUAUUGGAUGGUAGAAAUGCUGAAACUGUUUUCAAGUUCAAAAGCAGAGUUAACACAAGCACAACAAUUUAUAUGGGGUAGAACCGCUUUUUGUGUUUGUUCUAUGGUUUUGCAUGACUCAUUCCGAAAAUAUUUAGUGAAAGACACAUAUUUUGUGGAAAUAUUAAUGGACUUUUUAAAGUCGAGAACAACUAGAUUAUUUCGUGAUAUUAAAAACGCAUGCUGUAGAAUUUUACAAGCAAUCUUGAGAGAUGAGGAGGUCAAAAACAAGAUGGAUUUACAAGUCUUUUACGAUUUAAUUGGUUCACAAUUUGGAGAAGAAGCAGAGAAACUUGUGAAAUCUAAAUACCCACUCCUCAAGAUACCUUUAAAGGAGGCUAAACGUCCACUUCCUAAAUGUUUGUGUUGUGGAAAGGAAAGCACUCACAACAGUGAAACCUUAAAGAAAUGUGGAGCAUGUAGAGAAGCCACCUAUUGCAGUGUGGAAUGUCAACGAAAAGAUUGGCCAAGACAUAAAUUAGAAUGUGGAAAACAGCAACAUGAUUCUGCGGAAAUUGUGGCAACCACAGAACCCACAAGUACUUCUGGCAAAUCCACAAAGAGUAAAAAGAAGUAA